CGCUCACUCCCUGUGUUUUUCCUGUCUAUCCCAGUUCAACAGGAAUCCAGCUAGAAGCACAUUCAGGAAAGCUGUGCUCAAGCUAAAGCCACAGCGCUGAAAUGAGUUUCCUCGGUGGUCUUUUUGGUCCUGUGUGUGAAAUCAAUGUAAUUCUGAAUGAUGCUGAAAGCAGGAAAACAGGUGAACUGAAGACUGAGGAUGGGAAACUGGAAAAACAUUAUCUGUUUUAUGAUGGAGAAUCAGUUUCAGGAAAGGUAAAUAUCAAUGUGAAGCAAACUGGCAAGAAACUUGAACAUCAGGGAAUCCGCAUUGAGUUUGUAGGACAGAUUGAGCUCUUCAGCGAUAAAAACAAUACUCACGAGUUUGUAAACCUAGUGAAGGAGCUUGCUCUGCCUGGGGAACUGACACAGAAUUGCAGCUAUGACUUUGAGUUCAUGCAGGUGGAAAAGCCAUACGAGUGUUAUGUUGGAGCGAAUGUGCGACUGAGGUAUUUCCUUAAAGUUACAAUUGUGAGGAGGCUGUCUGAUUUGGUUAAGGAGUAUGACCUCAUUGUCCAUCAGCUGGCCACUUACCCUGAUGUCAACAAUUCUAUCAAAAUGGAAGUGGGCAUUGAAGACUGCCUACAUAUAGAAUUUGAAUACAAUAAGUCCAAGUACCACCUCAAAGAUGUAAUUGUGGGGAAAAUCUACUUCUUGCUUGUACGGAUUAAAAUUCAACACAUGGAGCUUCAGUUGAUCAAGAAAGAAAUGACAGGAAUUGGGCCGAGCACUACUACUGAGACAGAGACUGUGGCCAAAUAUGAAAUUAUGGAUGGCGCACCAGUUAAGGGUGAAUCAAUUCCCAUUCGUCUUUUCCUGGCUGGUUAUGACCUUACACCCACAAUGAGAGAUGUAAACAAGAAGUUCUCUGUGAGGUACUUCUUAAACUUGGUGCUUGUGGAUGAAGAAGACCGGAGGUACUUCAAACAACAGGAAAUUGUUUUGUGGAGGAAGGCACCAGAGAAAAUGCGAAAACGGAACUUCCAUCAGCGCUAUGAAUCACCUGAGCCUCGGCCGAGUCUCUCUGCUGAGCAGCCGGAAAUGUGAGGUGGGUUUGGAGAGCAACCACCCAGGGAAAACGUGUGCUGCUUGGUGACCAGACACAGGAGAGGAGAACUAUUUCCAAUGAAUAUACAUACAGAUCUCUGUUUACAUGGUCACCCCUCACAGCUUAUGAUGAUAAACUGUGCUUAAAUUGGCUUCAUCCACCCUGCCAUCCACAGCAAGCAAUCUGUUAGUAUACAAGGACACUUUUUAGAAAACACUGGAAACAAUCAUGUAAAUCUCAUUGCACAUCAAGGUUGCACGCCUCCGUAGAUGAAGAUUUUUUUUUUUUUUUAAUGCAUGCUGGCUGGUUAAAGUGCAUCAGAGUUCAUAAUUGUUAAUAAAGGCUAUAGGGCCAGUUUAAAAAGGUCAAGAAAUGGUCAUUCUGUAUGUCACACAACCCAUACUGUAUUUCCAAUCCACUUAAAGUUGUAAAACAUUUCUAUUUAACUUAUGUAGUGUUGUUUCUGUUCUUUUUCUGCUUAAGUUGUAUUUAUAUGAAAAAAAUGUCUGACCUUGAAAAAAAAAAAAGGAAUUGUCUAUAUAAAAUAUUUAAAGAGGCUUUUGAAGGAUGCUUUGGACUAGCUUUAUAAAACUACAAAAUGUUGUGUAUAUGCAACCUGUCAGCCCAGUUUUAGACAACACUGGCUUAGAAGAGAAUAUGUAAUUUUAUAAAUGUAUUAAUCAGUCUCUGAUUUGACACUAAGUAUCAGCUGCACUGAAUUCACAUUUCAUAAUGUCCACAUUUUAGACACCCUGUAGAGAAACAAUGGAAUUGUUAUGUAGCCCUUGCAUGUCAUCUGCUUUAAGGUUUCUUAACAAGGGGGCAUGUUCAAAAAAUGUUACUGUGCAAAUGUGCUCUUUUGCACAUUUCAUGUGGGCUGUGUUGAUUAAAUUAUGAUUUUUCUUUUUUUUCAAGACAAUGUUCUCUGCCUAAUCAGCUUAACAUGCGAUUCUAGAUUUUGUUGUCUUUCAUUUGCUACUAUUUUAAAAUUCACAUUGCAAUUACUAAUGGUAAUGUUAGAGUGCCUCUAUGGAAACGAUAUAGUGGUGAGUGUUUGGGAAAACUGAUCGAAGGCAACGGAGUUAUUUGUAUGUUUUGAAUGUUUUUACAUAUCCAGCCAUAGUUGCUUUAUCUGCAAACCUGUGAAAUAAAAAUGC